GACGUACUUCCGUUCUAACCAUCGUAGAAGGCUAUCACAACAAUGGCGUCUUGUAGCUCGGAGACUGCCACAGCUAAUGAAGAAGAACAGACCGAAACUGUAGCUUCCGAGAAGAGAGAAGCUAGGCUUCGUAAAUUCAGAGAGUUGCAUUUCAAACGGAACGAAGCACGAAAACUGAACCACCAGGAGGUCGUGGAGGAGGAUAAGAGAUUGAAACUUCCCACAAACUGGGAAGCUAAGAAAGCCCGACUGGAGUGGGAGCUUGCCGAAGAUGAAAAGAAAAAGGAAUGUGCUGCUUGUGGAGAGGACUAUAACAGAGUGAAGCUGCUGGAUAUCACUGCUGACGAAGCAGAACGAUGGGAAAGGAAGAAAAAGAAGAAGAAUCCAGACACAGGAUUUGCAGGUUAUGCAGAAGCUCAGUUCCGACAAUACCAGAGACUCACCAAGCAAAUCAGACCUGACAUGGAAAGCUACGAGAAGCAAAGGGAAGAAAGCGGUGAAGACUUCUACCCCACGACUAAUAGCCUGAUAUACGGAACCCAUACUCCCACAAAGGAGGGCAUUGACCGCAUGGUGGAGGAUGUCGAGAAACAGAUCGACAAGCGUGCCAAGUACAGCCGGCGCAGGGCCUACAACGACGACGCAGACAUCGACUACAUUAACGAGAGGAAUGCCAAGUUCAACAAGAAGGCGGAGCGUUUCUACGGCAAAUACACGGCAGAAAUCAAACAGAACUUGGAGAGAGGAACAGCUGUCUAGCAUUCUCAGCCACCUUAGUGAUCCACUUUGUUUUGUUGCAUAUUUACAAGCCAACAUAUUGUGCAUUAUAAGUUUUAUUGUCAUUUAGUGCUGACAACUAUCUCUAAGGUAUGGCACAGUUGGGAGUUCUUUUGUACAGUAAUUAUUCUGACAUUUAUUUUUAAGUAAACCGCUUCUAAUUA